GCUGAACUCACCAUGGCGCACCGAGCUAAGCGCUCUGGGGCUCCCGCGAUAGCCCUGCUGGCCGCCCAGAAUACCGAGAUGUCUGGACUGCAAACCAGCACAGUUUUGAGAGAGAGAUGACUUGAGGAGCUAGCUGUUAUCUCCACAACAAUGUCCAUGAACAAUUCCAAACAACUAGUGUCUCCUGCAGCUGGGCUCCUUUCAAAUACAACCUGCCAGACAGAAAACCGGCUUUCAGUGUUUUUUUCAAUAAUCUUCAUGACAGUGGGAAUCUUGUCAAACAGCCUUGCCAUUGCCAUUCUCAUGAAGGCAUAUCAGAGGUUUAGACAGAAGUCCAAGGCAUCAUUUCUGCUUUUGGCCAGUGGCCUGGUAAUCACAGACUUCUUUGGUCAUCUCAUCAAUGGAACUAUAGCAGUAUUUGUGUAUGCAUCUGAUAAAGACUGGAUCCGCUUUGAUCAAUCGAAUGUUCUUUGCAGUGUUUUUGGUAUCUCCAUGGUAUUCUCUGGUUUGUGCCCACUUUUUCUAGGCAGUGUGAUGGCGAUUGAGAGGUGUAUCGGAGUCACCAAACCAAUAUUUCAUUCUACAAAAAUUACAUCCAAACAUGUGAAAAUGAUGUUGAGCGGCGUGUGCUUGUUCGCUGUUUUUAUAGCUUUGCUGCCUAUUCUUGGGCAUCGAGACUAUAAAAUUCAAGCAUCAAGGACUUGGUGUUUCUACAAUACUGAACACAUCGAAGACUGGGAAGAUAGAUUUUAUCUUCUACUUUUUUCUUUUCUGGGGCUCUUAGCCCUUGGUGUUUCCUUCUUGUGCAAUGCCAUUACAGGAAUUACACUUUUAAGAGUUAAAUUUAAAAGUCAACAGCACAGACAAGGCAGGUCUCAUCAUUUUGAAAUGGUCAUCCAGCUCCUGGCUAUAAUGUGUGUCUCCUGCAUUUGCUGGAGUCCAUUUCUGGUAACAAUGGCCAACAUUGGCAUAAAUGGAAAUAAUUCUCAGGAGACCUGUGAAACAACGCUCUUUGCUCUCCGAAUGGCAACAUGGAAUCAAAUCUUAGAUCCCUGGGUAUAUAUUCUUCUCCGGAAGGCUGUCCUUAAGAAUCUCUUCAAGCUUGCCAGACGCUGCUGUGGAGUGCAUGUCAUCAGCUUACAUAUUUGGGAGCUUAGCUCUAUUAAAAAUUCCUUAAAGGUUGCUGCUAUUUCUGAGUCACCAGUUGCAGAAAAAAAUCAGCAAGCACCGAGUUUAGUAGGACAGUAAGUCAGUGUAGGACUAGAACGMGAUUAAGAAAAUUKKGGGCAAUAUAUCAGUUAAUUAGAUAAAUAUACAUAGCCUAACUGGAAAGUUCAGACCUCAGCAGGUAGUUGGUGAUAACUUUCUUUGGAUUCAGCUUUUGAAAUUUGUCAUAGUAGUAUAUGAUUGCAUAUUUUCACUUGUUUUUGUCAACUGGAGUUAGAAUGAAAUAAUGCUUAUGGGAGUSAAAUAGAAAAAAAAUUGAGCUUAUCUGUGUGAUUGAUGCUUUUAUAAUAAAUGAAUGUGUUGAGGCCUAAUGUAUUUUUACUUGGCCUAUUUACUAGGGAACACCUUAACACUACCUGCACGGUGGAUUGGCUAUUUUAGGAUCACUAUUUGUAGCUAUUCUUCAUAGACAAAGCUCAUUGAACUACAAGGCCCCUGUAUUUUUGUCUGGUCUGUUUUAGUAGUCAUUAUGUAGCCUCAGUCAAUAUAUGCAUGACCAUGGCAUCUGGGAUUCAACUGUGGCUUAUAACAAAAACCUACUGUAUAGGUCAGUUCUGGCUCAUAGGUUG